AUGAAGUUGUCAAGUGCAAUCACCGUGGGUUUGGCCAACCGGGCAUUGGCUGUCAAUCCCCAUAAAUCCCCGAUUGACUAUAACUCGGCUCCGCCAAACCUGUCUACCCUGUCAAAUGCAUCCCUCUUCGACACAUGGAGACCCAGAGCCCAUCUCCUCCCUCCAUCUGGGAAGAUAGGCGACCCGUGCGGGCAAUACACCGAUCCUAAGACUGGUCUCUUCCACGUGGGUUGGCUCCACGAUGGAAUUGCAGGAGCUACAACCGAUGAUAUGUCUACCUACAAGGACCUCAAUCCCGAUGGAGCACCGUCAAUUAUCGCGGGAGGAAAGAAUGACCCGCUUGCUGUCUUCGAUGGCUCUGUCAUUCCAAGCGGUAUCGACGGCAUGCCCACUCUUCUAUAUACCUCUGUCUCUUAUCUCCCAAUUCACUGGUCCAUCCCCUACACCCGGGGAAGUGAGACACAAUCCUUGGCCGUUUCUUAUGACGGUGGACGCAACUUUACCAAGCUCAACCAAGGCCCCAUGAUCCCCGCGCCUCCCUUUUCUGUCAAUGUCACCGCUUUCCGUGACCCCUACGCUUUCCAAAGCUCAAUUCUGGACAAAUCUGUCAACAGUACCGAAGGAACCUGGUAUGUCGCCAUCUCUGGUGGUGUCCACGAUGUCGGUCCUACCCAGUUCCUCUACCGUCAGAAUGACGCAGAUUUCCAAUAUUGGGAAUAUCUUGGACAAUGGUGGAAUGAGCCCGUCAACACAACUUGGGGAAAAGGCGACUGGGCCGGCGGAUGGGGCUUCAACUUUGAGGUUGGCAACGUCUUCGGUCUGAACGCAGAGGGGUACAGCGAGGACGGCGAAAUCUUCAUUACUCUCGGUACUGAGAGUUCCGAACUCCCCAUCGUUCCUCAGGUCUCUUCCAUUCAUGAUAUGCUGUGGGUGAGCGGAAAUGUUUCAAAUGAUGACUCCGUCACCUUCAAGCCAACCAUGGCGGGUGUGCUUGACUGGGGCCUGUCGGCGUACGCUGCUGCAGGCAAGAUCUUGCCAGCCAGCUCUCAGGCAUCUGAAAAGAGCGGUGCCCCUGAUCGUUUCAUUUCCUACGUCUGGCUCACCGGAGAUCUAUUUGAGCUAGCGAAGGGAUUCCCUACCGCUCAACAAAACUGGACCGGUGUUCUCUUGCUCCCUCGGGAGCUGAAUGUCCGCACUAUCCCCAAUGUGGUGGAUAACGAACUCUCGCGUGAGUCCUUGACAUCAUGGCGCGUGGCCCGCGAAGGAUCUGGUCAGCUCGAUCUUGAGACAAUGGGAAUCUCAAUUGCCAGGGAAACUUACAGCGCUCUCACGUCUGGCUCAUCUUUCGUCGAAUCUGGUAAAACGUUGUCAAAGGCUGGGUCGGUGCCAUUCACCACCUCGCCCUCAAGCAAGUUCUUCGCUCUAACAGCGAAUAUCUCUUUCCCGGUAUCCGCUCGUGACUCCGGUAUUCAAGCUGGUUUCCAGGUGUUGUCCUCUGGUCUUGAGGCUACAACCAUCUACUACCAAUUCUCCAACGAGUCCAUCAUCAUCGACCGCAGCAACACAAGUGCCGCCGCCCGAACAACCAAUGGAAUUCUCAGUGACAAUGAAGCGGGCCGUCUGCGCCUCUUUGACGUCUUGGAAAAUGGAAAAGAGCAAAUUGAGACAUUGGAGCUCACCGUCGUGGUGGACAAUGGAGUGCUGGAAGUAUACGCCAAUGGGCGCUUUGCUCUUAGUACCUGGGCUCGGUCUUGGUACGCCAACUCGACUGAAAUUAACUUCUUCCACAACGGAGUGGGAGAAGCAACAUUUGAGGAUGUGACGGUCUUUGAGGGACUGUACGACGCAUGGCCACAAAGGAAGUGAACGGAGCCUUGUUAAAUGGUUUCCGCGAGACUCUUGGUUCUUCUAAGUGAUACAGUUGAUGUAUGUAUGCAUACAAGAAUAGUCGGCCGCUCAUGCGACCUCUAUCCUUGACGACGUAAGACUAAUAAUCUGAUCUAUUUGACCCAAAA